CACAUAAGGACCUUCAAAGAUAUAAUGAAGGCUUUAUUUGUAUUUUUGCUGGGUCUGCACCUGGUCAUAGGAAUAGGUCACUGGUGUGAACACACAGUGGAAGAGAAACUGGAGAAUAUCAUCUCCCCCCGCUUACAGCUUGAAGUGGAGUGCUCUGAGGUGUACCAGUACAACACUCAAGGCUGGAGGCUAGAUGUUGACAGAAUGAAACACAUACAUGGGGGUGAUGAUGGCAUAGCUCUAUAUUUCAAAAGUCAGGGUCCCAAGGCUUCCUGCUACUUAUACAAAGCUGCGAAUGUUGUGACUGAACGUGUGAAUAGGACAGUGAGAGCCUGCUGUGAAGGCUGGACUGGUCCUGGCUGCUCCCACGGAGCCAGUGUUAGGGGUUUGUGUUUCUCUACAUGGAGUUGUGAUGAGUUUCCAGGGAUUCAGAACUCCUCUCUCAUGGCUCUGGAGCAGUGCUGUGGAACGUUGUGGGGUCUAAGCUGGAGAAAUGCUUCCGACCAGACCUGCCUGUCCUGCUCCUACACACCUUUGCCAGACUCUGAGCCCUCACCCAUCCCACGCAGGGGUCUUCUCGGACGGGUUCGAGACCCCAAAGGCUCUGCAACCUGCCUGAGCUGGGGUGGUGUGCAUUAUCGUACCUUUGACAGGAAGCACUUCCAUUUCCAGGGCAGCUGCACCUAUGUGCUGGCCUCUUCCUCCGAUGGGACCUGGGCUGUCUACAUCAGCUCUGUGUGUGAUGGAGGGGGGCAUUGCAGCAAGGCACUACGGAUGAUGAUGGGCCUUGACCGCGUCUCUGUUCUUAAAGACAACAUUUCUCUGAAUGGCCUCAUACUGCCACAGGAACAGCCUGUCUUUCAAAAAGGAGUGAGUAUUCACUGGUUGGGAGAUUUUGUUUUUGUAGAAAGUGGACUUGGUGUCAGAGUGAAAUUUGACAUGGACAACACAGUGUAUCUGACCGUUACCGCAGAGCAUUUUGCUGCCACUAGGGGUCUGUGUGGCAUAUAUAACAACAUUGCUGAUGAUGACUUCAGCAGUAGAAAUGGAAAUGUUUCACCAUAUGCUGCCAGCUUUGGAAACUCAUGGCGUGUUCCAGACCCACAGACAGAGGGCUGCAGUGAUGCAGCAGAGUUGGGUCACAGCUGUGACAUCACAGGUGAUAUCAGUCUUCGCAGAGAGGCAGAGUCAAUAUGUCAUCAGCUGAAGGAGAGCCCUUUUUGGCACUGCCAUCACUGGGUGGAUCCAGGCCCUUAUCUAGAAGCCUGCCUGUAUGUGUACUGCAGUAUGGAUGCUAGUGAGAGAGAAGGUGCUGUGUGUGACACGCUGGCCAGCUACGCCCGCGAGUGCGCUCAACAACAUGUUAUCCUUAGCUGGAGGGGCCCUGGUCUCUGUGAGCGAGUGUGCCCUGGAGGUCAGCUCUUCUCGGACUGCGUGUCCUCCUGUCCCCCCAGCUGUUCCUCCACUCUCCCCCCGAUUGCUGGCCAGUGUCGGGAAGAGUGUGUGGGGGGUUGUGAGUGUCCACUUGGACUAUUUCUCCAUGGAGGACAGUGCAUACGAAGGGAAGACUGCCCCUGCUUCCACCGGCGACGCACAUACCAGGAGGGUGAUGCUAUAAAACAGAGAUGUAACACCUGUGUGUGCCGGGCAGGCCAGUGGCAGUGCUCUGCAGAGAAGUGUGCAGCUCAGUGCAGUAUUAUCGGGGCAAUGCAGAUAACCACUUUUGAUAAAAAGAUGUAUAACCUCCAGGCCGAUGACUGCCAGUUCAUAGCUGUAGAGGAUUUUGUGGAUAAGAAGCUUGCAGUAACCAUCAGGGGAGGCAUGUGUGUGGUGGGAGGUGGCCCAGGCUGCCUGCAGGAGCUGUCCAUCACUGCACUCCAUACCACAGUGACCAUCACUAACACUGGCUCUCUCAUGUUGAAUGGACAGCAGGAGGACUUGCCCAUUCUCACGGCUGAUGUGGCAGUGCACAGAGCCUCCUCCAGCUUUCUGCUCAUCCAGGUGUUUGGGGCUCAGCUGCUGUGGCAGACGGAUGGCCCUCUGCUCCUCAUCACUCUGGAGCCCAGCUUUGCUCAUAAGGUGAGAGGCCUGUGUGGAACACUGACCUGGAACCAGCAUGAUGACUUCACCACACCAGAGGGGGAUGUCGAGAACAGUGUAUCCUCCUUCGCCGCCAAGUUCAGCUUUGGAUCAUGCCCUUUGCCCUCAGCUGUGACCUCUGACCCAUGUAGCACCUACACCCAGCGCCGACAGUAUGCAGAAAGGAUAUGUGAUGUUCUCCACAGUCCGGUGUUUCAGAUGUGCCAUGACGUAGUAGAGCGGGAGCCCUAUAUGCGCCUCUGUCUGAGUGAGGUGUGCAGUUGCGCCCCUCACAGGUCAUGCCAGUGUACAGUCCUCACUGCUUAUGCCCAUCGCUGUGCCCAGGAGGGGGUGCUAGUGAGCUGGAGAAACCAUACCUUCUGCCCCAUGCAUUGCUCUGGGGGCCAGGUGUACCAGGAGUGCGGGAGGCCAUGCGGUGGCACCUGUGCUGACCUGGCCCAUGGCUGGAGCUGUGAUGAAGUCGUCGGCAGCCGCAGCUGUGUGCCAGGCUGCCAAUGUCCCGUGGGCCUGGCGCAGGACCAGCACGGCCAGUGUGUGCCACUCAGCAUGUGCCCGUGUACGCGUGCUGGGGUGGUCCACCCACCGGGAAGCUCCGUGCAGAUCAGCUGCAAUACCUGUGUGUGUGGACACGGUGUGUGGAACUGCACUGACCAUCCCUGUGCCAAGGUCAGUGAGUGUCCAGGCUCUCUAGUCUUUUCCCCUCGCUCGUGCCUGAGGACCUGUGCGAAUGUGGACAGCCCCCAUGCACCCUGUGCAGAGCCCCUCUAUGGCUGCGUGUGUCCAGAGGGAACAGUGCUCUUGGGUGAUCAUUGUGUAUCUCCUGAUGAGUGUCCAUGUCACCACAAUGGACAAAUUUUUUUCACCAAUGAUACCAUCUCUAAAGACUGCAACACAUGUGUGUGUAAGCAGCGUCGCUGGCACUGCACCCAGUCGCUAUGUGCCGGUAUGUGUGUGGCCACAGGCGAUCCACACUACGUGACCUUUGAUGGGCGCUGUUUCUCCUUCCUGGGGGACUGUGAGUACGUCCUAGCUCAGGAGAUGGGUGGACUGUUCAGUGUCAGUGCUGAAAACGUGCCCUGUGGCAGUACUGGGGUCACCUGCACCAAGUCCGUCACACUGACCAUCGGCAACACUGCCAUUCACCUGCUCAGGGGCAAAGCUGUGACAGUGAACGGCAUGGCUGUGACCCUUCCUAAGUCCUACUCAGGCAGUGGGUUAUUUCUGGAGAGAGUCGGCCUGUUUGUGUCCCUCUCGUCCCGCCUCGGAGUCACCCUGCUUUGGGAUGGAGGCAUGCGUGUGUACCUGCAGCUGGCAGCCCAUCUAAGGGGCCGUGUCGCAGGCUUGUGCGGGAACUUUGACGGAGACGCGGAGAAUGACUUCACUACGAGGCAGGGCAUAAUGGAGUCUACCCCGGAGCUGUUUGGGAACUCCUGGAAGGUCAGCCCGUCCUGCCCUGAUGUCACAGAGCAGGACCUGCGGGACCCCUGCACAAUUAACCCACACCGAGUCACCUGGGCGAAGAAGAAGUGUGCAGUGAUCAUGCAGGAGCUGUUUUCUCCCUGUCAUGCUGAGGUGCCUUACCAACAAUACUAUGACUGGUGUGUCUUCGAUGCCUGUGGCUGUGAUUCCGGAGGGGACUGUGAGUGCCUGUGCACAGCCGUCGCCACCUACGCGGAAGAGUGCAACCACAGAGGGAUCUACAUACGCUGGAGGUCCCAGGAGCUCUGCCCACUGCAGUGUGACGAUGGCUUGGUGUAUGAAGCCUGUGGUCCAGCUUGCUCUGCUGUCUGCCCUGGCAGUGCUCCCAGUAGUGACUCUCGCUGCAGCGCCCUCUCCUGUGUGGAGGGCUGCUUUUGCCCUUACGGCACCAUCCGUCAUGGUGACAGCUGCAUCUCCCCCUCCGAGUGCCCGUGUGAGUGGAACGGUUCCCUGUUUCCUCCUGGCACAGCUGUCACUCAGCACUGUCAGAACUGCUCCUGCUCUAAUGGGACCUGGCAGUGCUCUGGCCCUGCCUGCCCUCCCUCUGUGCCAUGCCUGGAGUCGGAGUUCCAGUGUCCCGGCACCUCUCACCGCUGUAUCCCUUCUCUCUGGCUCUGCGAUAAUGAGGACGACUGUGGUGAUGGCUCAGACGAGUUCUGCCCCUCCACCUGCCCCCCGGGGCAAUUCCGCUGUUCGGGUGGGGUGUGUUUGCCGGUUGAACUGCACUGUAACGGUCACCCUGACUGCGCUGACCAGUCUGACGAGGAGUUCUGUGGCCCACCCACGGAUGUGCCAGCCUGCACCAUUGGGGAGUUCCGCUGUGCCAAUGGACGCUGCAUAGCCGCUUCUAAAGUCUGUGAUGGAAGACUGGACUGUGGAUUUUCUGAUGACUCUGACGAACAAGGCUGUGGUAUGGUGUGUGCUGAAGGGGAGUUUCGCUGCUCGUCUGGCCGUUGCCUGCGCUAUCUUCAUCGUUGCGAUGGCCAUGAUGACUGUGGCGACUUCAGUGACGAGCGUGGCUGUGUGUGUGCUCCUGGGGAGUUCCAGUGCCCUAGCAAUCAGUGUGUGUCUGCCGAGAGAGUUUGCGAUGGCCACAAGGACUGCUCUUCUGGCAUCGAUGAAGUUAUCUGUCCUGUUAAAGGUUGUAGCCAGUAUGAGUUUGGCUGUGCAAGUGGCCAGUGUGUGCCUCUGGGCUGGCGGUGUGAUGGAGAGACAGACUGCCUGGAUGGAAGUGAUGAGAAGCAGUGUGCUCGCACAUGUGCACCUGACCAGGUCCUCUGUCUGAGUGGAGACCAGUGUGUCCAACAUGCACAUCUGUGUGAUGGGACACCACACUGCAGGGAUGCCUCUGAUGAAAGUGUGGACAACUGUGGCUCCACACGGAUUCCACCCUGUCCGGGUAGCUUCACUUGUGAUAACAGAACUUGUGUUAAUGCAUCCCGUGUCUGCAAUGGCAUUCUUGAUUGUCCCAGAGGAGAGGAUGAACUGUUGUGUGCAAAGCCCAGCACAUCUCCAGCUCCCCCUGGUGGCAGUAACAUCAGUCACACCUGUCCUGAGUUUACUUGCAUGGAUGGAUCCUGUGUCCCUUUCAAAUUAGUGUGUGAUGGAGAGGCAGACUGCCCUGAUGCUGAUCUGAUUGUGUCUGGAGGCCCCUCGGAUGAGCAGGGUUGUCAGAGCUGGGCUCCCUGGGGGCCCUGGAGCCCAUGCAGCCACACAUGUGGGGCUGGCACUAUGAGUAGGCACAGACACUGCCCCCUGGGGGACACAGUAGGAAACUGCAGGGGAGAAAACAUGCAAAGACAGCAGUGCUAUUCCAUAGCAUGUCCUGUUGAUGGGCAUUGGUCGCCGUGGACAACAUGGUCUAACUGCAGUAAAGGAUGUGGAGGGGUGGAGCUCCGCCAUAGAGUGUGUGUUCCACCACAGAACGGAGGAGGCAGAGCCUGUGUAGGCCUGAGCUCUGAGAUCAAGCCCUGUCCUCAAGAAGUCUGUGCUAACAUCUCCUGCCCCGCUGGUCUCGUCACACACACUUGUGCCCCGUGUCCUAAAACAUGUGUCCAUGUAUCUAGCGGCACCUCCUGUGACCCCAGUGCCCAGUGUUUCACAGGUUGCUGGUGUCCGGAGGGGAAGGUGAUGAACCAUUUGCAGCAGUGUGUAUUGCCAGAGGAGUGUGUGUGUGAGGUGUCGGGCGUGCUGUAUUGGCCAGGGCAACAGGUGAAGAUGGGCUGUGAGAUUUGUAGAUGUGAAAGAGGCAGACCUCAGCACUGCGAGGCCAACCCAGAGUGCUCAGUGCACUGUGGCUGGUCAUCUUGGUCUCCAUGGGGGGAGUGUUUGGGUCCAUGUGGGGUGCAGAGUGUCCAGUGGUCUUUUCGCAGCCCAAACAACCCCUCCAAAUAUGGCAACGGUAGGCAGUGCCGUGGAAUUUACCGGAAAGCCAGGCGCUGUCAGACACAGCCAUGUGAGGAGUGUGAGUAUCAGGGACACACACAUGCAGUAGGUGAUCGCUGGAAAGGUGACCAGUGCCAGCUUUGCCACUGCUUACCCAACCUCACAGUGCAGUGUGCCCCCUUCUGCACAUAUGCUGCCACUGGAUGCCCUCAGGGUCAUGCACUCAUACCAGCUGCAGGAGACAGAUGUUGCUACUGUGAAGACACAGCUAAGAAUGGCAGCAUCAACAUCCCCACCACUCCACCAGCUCUGCUGACCACUGUUGUGUCCUCCACAACACCAGGGGGCGCACCAUUUGUUCCAACAUUUCCUCUCCCACCUGGAGACGAGUGUUGGGCUCCACUGGGCGUUCAGUCUCUCCCUGCCUCCAGCUUCAAUGCCUCAUCCCAACAGCUAAAUCAUCCAGCCUCUGCUGCACGCCUCCAUGCACACAACCCCCAGAAUGACCUGCAGGGCUGGAGCCCUGAGCCGGAGCAGUACCGGGAGCUCGCACCUGCUUUCCCCCACAGCCACGCCUCCCGCGGCCAGGCCCCCUACCUGCAGAUAGAUCUGCUCAGGGCAUAUAACAUCACAGGGCUCCUUACCCAGGGUGGGGGACUGUUUGACACCUUCGUUUCCAGUUUCUAUCUGCAGUUUAGCAGUGAUGGUAGCGACUGGUUCACCUACAAAGAGCCUAUUACAGAUGCCCGCCCCAAAGCCAAGAUGUUCCUGGGUAACCAUGAUGACCGUGGUGUGGCCCAGACCAGGCUGGACAGAGUAGUGUUGGCACGGUUGGUGCGUGUUCUGCCGCAUGACUUCCAGAAUGGCAUUUACCUCCGUGUGGAGCUGAUGGGCUGUGGAGGAGAGUAUGAGUGGUUGUCCACCCCUGCCCCCUUAGUGUCUGUGUCACACAGGCCCUGCAGAGGGAGGGAGUUCCGGUGUGGGAAUGGCCGCUGUGUCCCUGCUGGGCCUCAGGGGGUCCUGUGUGAUGGAGUCAAUGAUUGUGGCGAUGGCUCAGAUGAACUCAGCUGCGGAACUCACCCAUCUCCUACCCCAAGACCUACAGGCUGCCUUAAGGGUCAGUUCUCCUGCUCUCCUCCAGGGGGCUGUAUUGAGUCAACAAAGAGAUGUGAUGGGGUACCUCAGUGUCCAGAUGGAGUGGAUGAGAGUGGCUGUGUCCCCCACAAAAAUAUUACCCAUGUCACUCCCACACCUGCUCCUCUCAGUACUCCGAGUAUGGCUGCCAUUAUGUCAGCAAGAACACCAACUACAACUGCUCCACUUGAGGCCAGCCCUGGAUACCAAGGAUUCUGCUCCACUCCUCUGGGAUUGGAGGAUGGUCGUAUUCACUAUGGUCAGCUGACCUCCUCAUCAUCUAGACAAAAUAACCCAGCUGACGCAGGCCGUCUCAAUAUUGUGCCCAAUGUGUUAGUGAUGGAACCUGGCUGGAGCCCAUUGCCAGGAGACCCCCACCCCUACUUCCAGGUGGAUUUCCUGGAGCCGACCUGGGUGUCAGGGGUUAUCACCCAGGGCAGUCAGGGGUCAGGGGUCAUCAUCCAUGGCAGUGAGCGCAUGUGGGGCUACCUCACUAGGUAUCGCCUGGCCUUUGCCCUAGUUGAAAACCACUUCACUGACUUCACUGAGACUGGAAUCAGAGGCUCAUCCCCUAAGAUUUUUAAGGUGCGUCUGGUGGGCAGGACUCCAGUCACACGCUGGCUGGGCAGGCUUGUGAGAGCUCGUUACCUGCGCAUCAUACCUGUGGAGUACCGCCACACCUUUUACCUGCGGGUGGAGGUGCUGGGCUGCAGAGGAGAGGAGCUGGUCACACCCAGCAGUGUGGAAGUGACCACAGCACCCCCUGGUGAUAGGGUGGUAACAGCAAGGAGCUGUGAGCCUGGAUGGUUUGCCUGUCUGAGUGGCGAGUGUGUGUCUGUGCAAGCUCUAUGCGAUGGCAGGUUGGACUGUAAAGACCACUCAGACGAACUGGGCUGCGGCACAGUUUCCCCUACAGGAUUACCAGGAUUACAGAAUCAAACUGCACUGACAGGAAGCCCAGGUUACCGUGAGUACACUUCUGGACCUCCAGGACUGUACACCAUGACCCCACAAGCUGGAUAUCCUGGGGUGGCCACUGUUUCUCCCAUUGGGACAGGAAUACCUGGCACUGGACCUCAGGAACCAACUGGAGAACCAGGAUUGUCAGACACAACAACAUCGCAUGAUGGUGGCUUACCCAGGGUGUUGUGCGUGGAGGGCCAGUUUGCCUGCAAGAGAUUUGGCUGUGUGGAUACAGGCCUUGUGUGUGAUGGACAAGAGGACUGUCCUGACGGCUCAGAUGAGGAUCAUUGUGGUUUCUCCACACUUCCGCCAGUAACGCCUACAAGGCAUCCCCUGGUGCCCAGUCCCUGCUCUGCUAAGCAGUUUACCUGUGGCAGUGGAGAGUGUGUGCAUCUGAACAAAAAGUGUGACCUGCAGAAAGACUGUGCUGAUGGCUCAGAUGAGAGUGACUGUGUAGACUGUGUGCUGUCUGCAUGGACAGCGUGGAGUCAGUGCAGUGUCUCGUGUGGCCUGGGUUCCCUGUUCCGGCAGCGAGAGAUCCUGAGAGAUGCCCGGGCAGAAGGCUCCUGUGGUGGAGCUCAGUUUGACAGCAGGGCCUGUUUCCUUCAGGCCUGCCCUGUGGAUGGUCAGUGGUCUGAGUGGAGUGAGUGGUCAGAGUGUGAUGCGACGUGUGGUGGAGGCCUGAGGAGACGGAGCAAGUCCUGUUCAAACCCUCCACCAAAAAACAAUGGUCAAGUGUGCAAGGGGAUGACCAUGCAGACGCAGAGCUGCAACACACAACCGUGUGGGACCAGCACAGACUCUCAGACAGGCUGUGCUAAUGGCCAGGUGCUGGUGACGGAGGCUGACUGUGCCGAGGGGAGAGUGGAGCCGUGUCCUCUGACCUGCUCUGCCCUCCACUCUGAGAGGAACUGCUCCACCCACUGCGUUACAGGGUGUCGUUGUCCAGCAGGUCUCUUUCUUCAAGAUCACAGUUGUGUCAAUGCCAGCAGGUGUAUUUGCUUGUGGGAAGGGUUGGUUCUUCAGCCAGGGAAAGAGGUCAUCAAAGACAACUGCACUACCUGUGUGUGUCGAGGCAGCCAUGUGGCCUGUGAUAACUCCAGCUGUAUUGCCAAAUGUGAUUGGUCAGCCUGGUCCUCAUGGACCUCAUGUGACAGCAGCUGUGGAAUCGGAAUACAGCAGCGCUUCAGGUCAGCCCUGGGUCCUUCUGAGGCAGCAAGUGUAGAACCAUGCGUCGGGGACUCCACAGAGGCACGACAGUGCUCCACACCCUGCCCACCAGGUCCUAGCAGAGCUCCAUGGACUGAGUGGACAGUGUGGUCCGAGUGCAGCAAGACAUGCUUUCAUCAUGUGAACGAUGUGGGAAUGAGACAUCGCUUUAGGAGCUGUAACAACACUGAAUCUAGUGCCCCCUGUGUUGGAGAGGCGGAAGAACAGGAGCCCUGCAACACAUUCCACUGUCCAGUCAGUGGCGGGUGGUCUGCAUGGUCUGCAUGGUCUGCGUGCUCAUCAGAGUGUGACUCCGGUGCUCAGACCCGAGAGCGUUUCUGCAGCUCUCCUCCCCCUCUGUAUGGAGGCAGCAUCUGUUUGGGCCCCCACAUCCAGACCAGAGACUGCAACUCCCAGCCCUGCACAGGUGUAUGCCCGGUUGGUAUGAGCUACCUGUCUAAGGAACAGUGCCAGGUUCAGGGUGGGGCAUGCCCACGUGUAUGUCUUGAUGUCACGGCCUCAGCAGAGUGCGCUACAGAGUGUUAUGAUGGCUGCUACUGUUCUCCGGGCCUUUACCUAUUCAACAACACCUGUGUGCACCUUAGUCACUGCCCCUGCUUCCACGAGGGGGUGCUCUAUUCACAGGGUGACAGUGUGCCACAUGAUGCAUGCAACAACUGCACAUGCAUUAAUGGAGACAUGCGGUGUGGUACGAAACCCUGCCCUGUUGACUGUGGUUGGAGUGAGUGGACUUCCUGGAGUGCCUGCAGCAGGACAUGUGAUGUGGGCAUUAGGAGGCGGUACCGCUCGGGGACCAAUCCAUCACAAGCAUUUGGGGGUCGUCCUUGUGAGGGUGACCGGAUUGGCCUGGACACAUGUAGCCUCUACCCUUGUAGUGGUGUUAAGGGGCCGUGGAGUGCAUGGUCUGAAUGCUCAGUGCCAUGUGGUGGUGGCUACCGGAACAGAACUCGAGGACUAGUCAGAAGCCAUGGCACUCCGCAGCAAUUUAGUGCCUGCAACCUUCAGCCCUGCAGUGGCGGCACUGUUUGUGCUGCGGGUCAGGAGUGGACAGAGUGUAUCAGAGAGGUGCUGCUCUGCUCUGAUCUGUCCAUGGAUACCAAUGCAAACUUUACAUGUUCACCUGGAUGUCAUUGCCCCCUGGGUUCUGCCCUACAGGAUGGGAGCUGUGUGCCUUUACCUCUAUGCCGCUGUGAUGUAGAUGGGGAACAGUAUGGGCCUGGAACUGUUGUCACUAAGGACUGCAGCAACUGCACUUGUGAGUCAGGAAAGCUGGUGAACUGCACACAUUUGGAGUGUAAUGUGGAUGGUGGCUGGUCAGCCUGGACGCCCUGGGGCGUGUGCUCCGCAUCGUGUGGUGCUGGGCUGCAGUCGCGCUAUCGUUUCUGCUCCAGUCCAGAGCGGGCCGGUACCGGAUUACCCUGCCUUGGACCAGAACGCGAGGAUCAUGUGUGCGCCUUCUCUCCAUGCAGCCGUCAUGGAGGGUGGAGCGAGUGGACAUCCUGGACGGACUGUACCAAGACAUGUGGCGAGGGUGUUCGGAGUCGGCGGCGAGAAUGUGACAGGCCAGUUGUAGGUGGAGAGGGAGACUUCUGUGAGGGUCUCAGAACUGAACUUAUUGCUUGUAACACAGACCACUGCCCAGUGGCUCCAUGUUCAGCUGUUCCAGGCACUGCGUUCAGUAGCUGUGGGCCCUCAUGUCCCCGUUCCUGUGAUGAGCUGGCUUACUGCAAGUGGCAUUGCGAACCUGGCUGUUACUGCACCAAUGGCAAAGUGUUGAAUCAUAACAGCACAGCCUGUGUAGAGAGAGAGCAGUGUCCCUGUCUUGAUCUGUCCACUGGCCGGCGCAUUGCCCCUGGAGACACAGUCCUCUCUCCAGAUGGCUGCAACAACUGUACCUGUGAUGGAGGGCAGCUUACCUGCAGCCACGAUCCAUGCCCAGUGCAUGGAGGCUGGUGUGAGUGGUCUAGCUGGACACCGUGCUCUAAAACAUGUGGUGCUGAGUGGGUCUCUCGCUACAGGAGUUGUGCCUGUCCUGAGUCCAGGUCUGGAGGGGCGGCGUGUCCAGGCCUGCAGGAGGUGCAUGGGGGCCUGGGGGUGCAGAUCCAGAGACAGCCCUGCCCUUCCAUCACCUUCUGUCCAGUGCACGGAUCAUGGGGCUUGUGGAGUGCAUGGUCAGAGUGUGACGCAUGUGCAGGUGUGUCUUUGAGAAAGCGGGAGUGUAACAGCCCCCCUGCCCGCUUCGGGGGUCUACCCUGCCACAGUGAACGUCUCCAGAGCCGUGGCUGCCAUGACAACUGGACCGUGUGCACUGACUGUGGGGGAGGACAGGAGGAGUGGCCUUGUGGGAAGCCAUGCCCUCGAUCCUGUGAAGAUUUCCAUGGUGACACGGAGUGCGUGGACACACCUGGGUGCAGUCGGACGUGUGGCUGCCCAGGAGACAUGGUUCUGCAGGAUGGGGUGUGUGUGGAGAGAGAAGAAUGCCACUGUAAAUUCCACAACAGCACCACUGAGAGUUUAAAUAUCAACAACACUUCAUGGGAGUGGCCUGAUAAGACUGGUUGGCAGUAUGUAAAUUCAGGAGAGAGCAUCAUCAGAGACUGCAGCAACUGCACCUGUGAGGCAGGUAUCCUGCACUGUGACUCAGUUCCUGGUUGCCUUGUUGAUGGCGGUUGGAGUCAGUGGGGGCCCUGGUCAGAGUGUUCAGUCCCAUGUGGGGGUGGAGUCCAGAUGAGGAUUCGUCAGUGUAAUAAUCCCACCCCUCAAGGAGGCGGGAGAGAGUGCAGUGGUGCAGGCGACCAGCAGAGGGAGUGUAACAGCCAAGUCUGCACAGAUACAGGACCAUGGUCUGACUGGUCAGUUUGGUCUGUGUGCUCUGUUACCUGUGGGGGAGGGGAACAGGGGCGCACCCGCUCCUGCCGCACCCCCCCUUGCACGGGCAUGACACGCCAGAGCAAGACCUGCAACACGCACGUGUGUCUGGAGGUGGGAUGCCCCCCAGGCCGCCUGUACAGGGAAUGUGAGAGAGGUGAGGGCUGCCCCUUCAGCUGUGCCCAGCUCAGUGGCCUGGAAGGCUGUUACUCAGAGGGUUGUGAAGAGGGCUGUCACUGCCCACUGAACACCUACCAGCACCACGGAGCCUGCCUACAGGAGUGUCCAUGCUUGGUGGACAAAGAGCUCUUGAGUGCACUUCAGAGAGUGUCUGCGAACCCGGAGUCAACUCUAGACCUACAGAACGUCACCAUGGGAACUGAGCUCUGGUCUGGAGAGCAGCUGAUGCAUGAGUGUAGCACUUGCUUGUGUCAGCAUGGUCGGUGGAACUGUUCACUGGUGCCCUGUCCUCGUGAUGGAGGUCUGAGCCCCUGGGGCCCCUGGGGGUCCUGCUCACUCAGCUGUGGGGGUCUGGGGCAGAAGGUGCGCAACAGGGGCUGCACCCAGCCCAGCCCAGCCCAUGGGGGGCAUGACUGCCUGGGUCCCCUGCAGGAGACAAUGUACUGCCAGACCCCAGACUGCCCCAUUGAUGUGCGUCCUACAGAUGAACCACCUCUAUCAGAUGAAGAUUUGGGCUUCUCCCAGUGGACAUCAUGGAGUGCAUGCUCUAAAAGCUGCAGUGAUGUAGGACAUCCUUCACUGAAGACCCGUAUGAGAGAAUGUGUCAGUGCACCCUGCUCAGGACAGAACAGGCAACAAAGAGUCUGCAACCUCUCUCAGUGUCCUGAUGGCGGAGUGUGUGUGGGAGAGGUGUGUGCCCACAGGAACUGCUCAUGGGUAGAGUGGGGGGAGUGGGGUGUGUGUUCACGCUCCUGUGGGGUCGGGCAGCAACAGCGCUUCCGGACUUUUCUCGCUCCGGGAGUUAAUGGAACCUGGUGCCCAGACAUCCUCGGGGGCAACGUGGAGCACCGCUUCUGCAACAUCCGUGCCUGCCGAGUGGACGGGAGCUGGUCUCGCUGGAGUCCGUGGUCCCUCUGCGAUCAGUCGUGUGGGGGUGGCCGCUCCAUCCGAACUCGCUCCUGUUCCAGCCCUCCCCCAAAAAACGGGGGGCACAAGUGUGUUGGAGAGAAGAACCAAGUCAAACCCUGCAACACCAAACCAUGUGAUGACAAAGGCUGCCCACUGGGUCAGGAGUUCGUGCCCUGUGCCAAUGAAUGCCCUCAGCGUUGCUCAGACCUGCAGCAAGGCAUUCAGUGCCAAGCCAGUACUGAGUGCCAGGCUGGCUGCCGAUGCCCUCGGGGUGAGCUGCAGCAGGAUGGGGUGUGUGUGAAGCCAUGGCAGUGUGACUGCGUGGAUGCUCUGGGUCAGAGCUGGGCGGCAGGAAGUCAGCACGAAGUGGCUUGCAACAACUGCAGCUGUACAGAUGGAGUGCUGUCCUGCACAAACCGUAGCUGCACAGAGGAAAGCGACUGCUCCUGGAGUUCCUGGUCCAGCUGGGCACCCUGCAGCACCACCUGUGGGUCAGGACAGAGAACGCGCUUCAGAUCGCUGAUACCAGAGAGUCCAGAUGCAGACUGUCAUUUUGAGGAAGUUCAGCACAAACCAUGUGACCUAGGGCUGUGUCCGCCACUGUGUCUCCAUGGCAAUGAGGAGCUAUCUGUUGGAGACACGUGGUUACAAGGGGAAUGUAAACAAUGCACAUGUAUCCCUGAGGGAGAGUAUUGCCAAGAAAUUGACUGUCAAGUGGAUGGAGGUUGGACCCCAUGGUCCAUGUGGUCUGACUGUACUGUUACAUGCGGUCGGGGAGGUCAGGUCCGCAGCCGGGCCUGUGUCAACCCGCCUCCCCGUAACAACGGCACCAACUGCUUCGGACCAGAGAGAGAGGCCCAGAACUGCCAUGUUGCUCCCUGCCUUGACGAUGUGUGUCCAUGGUCCCGCUGGUCAGUAUGCUCUCGGAGCUGUGGUGCAGGUGUGGUUUCCCGACGCAGGCAGUGUGUGUGUGAGGAGGAGGGUGAUCAUGCCUGUCCUACUCAAACUGAGGCAGAGAGGAACAGAGAGGACACUCAGCUGUGCUACCGGAGACCCUGUCCAGACUGUCCCAUGUCCGAGUGGACUGAGUGGACGUCGUGUUCCUGUGUGUCUCCGUUGCAACUGCGAUACCGUGCACCACUCACUUCUGCCACUAGGGGCCAGCACUGCACUGAGCUUGAGCGGCAGAGCAAACCCUGUAAACCUCAAGACUGCCAGGACUGUGUGGAGCCCUUCCAGCCAGAGUGUGGUUCACCCUGUGAGAAGCAGUGUGUUCUGCAUGGCCAGGUGGAUGCCUGCAUGGUUCAGGCAGAGUGCACUCCAGGCUGCUACUGUCCUCAGGGUCUGAUGCAGCAAAACAGCACGUGCAUAACUCUAGAGCAGUGCGGCUGUGUUUACCUACUCCAGCAAGAUUCAGGCGUGCCUGUUCCCAUCACUGUCCCACAGGGGGCGCUGGUCACUCUAGGCUGCAGUACAUGUUUAUGCCAUGACGGGUCUUUGCAGUGUGAUUCUCGAGAAUGUGAAGUGUCUCUCAGUGAAUGGUCAGAGUGGACUCCAUGCUCUCGGUGCAUUCCUGCUUCCUCGCUCCUUCACCCUGGCAUUACUGCAGGUCUGGGUGGAGGUGUGGGCGUAGGUGUGCAUGAGGCCACUGCAGCUCUGGUGUCUGUGCAGAGGCGCUACCGGGCAUGUCUGGAUAUGGACUCUGGGUUGCCCGUCAGCACAAGAAAAGGGGAGUGCUCCAAACCCCUGGAGGAGGAGAGAUUCUGCCCACAACUUGAUGUCUGCAAAGACCCAUGCCAGUGGAGUGUGUGGGGGCCGUGGAGUGUAUGUCAGGAGCCAUGUAGUGGAGGCUUCCGCCAGCGCGAGCGCAAAGCCCUGGCACUGCCAUUUGGAGCCCACUGCACCAGACAGCAGCACCAGUCACAGAGCUGCAAUACUGCCCUCUGUCCUGGUGAGCGCUGCGAGGACAGGGGGCGGGUCUAUGAGGCUUAUUGUGCCAAUCAGUGUCCUCGGAGUUGUGCUGACCUGUGGGAGCAUGUGCAGUGUCUGCAGGGAGCAUGUCACCCAGGUUGCCGGUGUCCUGACGGCUGGUUGCUGCAGGAUCGGGAGUGUGUGAGAGUGUCAGCAUGUCGCUGUGGGCUUCCAAUGGAAAAUAGUACACUUGAGCUUACACCCGGCCAGAAUGUCACAGUCAGCUGCAACACUUGUGUGUGUAUGAACGGCUCACUGGUGUGUACGGACCGCACCUGCCCUGUUUAUGGCCCCUGGGGGUCCUGGAGUGAGUGCUCGGUGUCAUGUGGGACAGGACAGAGGACACGCACACGACCCUGCACACACAUACCUGGAGGUCCAUCCUGUGUUGAGACCAUUCAGAACCAGACGUGCACUCUGCCUGCAUGCCCAGCUGGUUGUAUAGUGAGUAAAUGGUCCACCUGGAGUGAGUGCAGCGCCUCCUGUGGUGGAGGAGUGUCCAUGCGCAGUAAGAGUGUUCUACAGAAGCCUGAACCUGGAGGAUUAGCCUGCCCUUCUCUUGUGGAACAGCACACUGCCUGCAAGACCAACAGCUGCCUGCCUGAAUGUCCUGUGGGUCAGGUGUUCAGUCUGUGUGCAGGCUCGUGCCCGUUGUCCUGCCAGGACCUGUGGCCUUGGAAUCAGUGUGUAGCAGGACGUUGUAUCCCAGGUUGUACCUGCCCUCCUAACACAGUUAUGCUCAAUGGAUCGUGUGUGGCCCACUCCGCAUGCCCUUGCUCCUCUGUGUCCCUGCUCCUGCGCUCCCCCAGCAUGUCCCUGGAUGGUCUGGGGGAGGAGUUUCCUCCUGGCACUGUCGUACCACACCUCUGCAAUGCCUGCAUGUGCGAGAACGGAGUGUUCAACUGCACAGAGAAGUCAUGCAAUGUUGACUGUGAAUGGAGCAGCUGGUCUGAGUGGAGUUCGUGUUCUGUGACCUGUGGCUCUGGACAGCAGAUCUCUAGUCGUUCUGUAGCUCAGCCCAGGCAGUAUGAUGGCCAUGAGUGUGAGGGUCCCAUCCACAGGAACAGACUCUGCACACAGCCUGACUGCGUCUGCCCGGAGGGUGAGCGUUGGAGACGCUCUGUGUCCGAGUCCACGCGUGUGUGUGAGAGGGCAUGCGUGGACAUUUACAGUGCUGAACCACUGAACUGUAGCCAAGCCAGUGGGGUUUUAGAAGGCUGUGUGUGUGAAGAGGGGCACUAUCGCAGAGCUGAUGGCCAGUGUGUGAUCCCUGCUCUCUGUCAGUGUGAGGAGGAGGAUGGCACACUUCAAGAGCCUGGCUCUGAGUGGAAAGAAGAAUGCGACACCUGUCGCUGUAUAAAUGGCCUAAAGCAGUGUAAAUCCAUCUGCACACCCCUCCUGUGUGAAGAGGGCGAAGUCAAGGUAAUGGAGGCUGCACAGUGUUGCCCUGUCUGCAGGAAAGAGUACACAGGAGAGCCGCUUGCCCACUGUCAUCGUCACACUGAGGUCAGGAACAUCACCAAGGGAGACUGCCGCCUGGAUAACGUGGAAGUCAGCUUCUGCAGGGGACGCUGUUUGUCCGGAACAGAUGUCAUUCUGGAGGAGCCCUACCUCCAAGCUGUGUGUGACUGCUGCAGUUACAGACUGGACCCCCAGAGUCCCGUGCGCUUCCUGAGCCUGCGGUGUACCAGCGGAGAGAGUGAGCCCGUCGUGCUGCCUGUUAUACACUCCUGCGAGUGUACCAGCUGCCAGGGAGGAGAUCUAUCCAAACGUUAGACUAAAUUCUUUCAGAGGGAUGGACGGCUUUGGGGAACAGCAUCUCUUGACAGCUCCAGUAUAUUCCAGUGUUUAGCUUGUAGUCAUUAUAUGACUGAAUUCUUUUUAUAGAGUACUUUCUGAAGCUCUCAGACAUCUAUAUUCUGUACAGCUUAUAAAUUAUGGGUUUUUAAGUUAAUGCAGUUAGUCCUUUAAAAUUGUUAAACUUAAUUACUUUAUUUUGUACAUCUUGUCUUUUAAUUAGAAAAUGAGCUACAUUACUCAGACCUCUAGCUCUACACUGUGCAUUUUGACCAAAGAUAUUUCUGUUCUA